GGACUGGCUGCAUGGAGCCUGAGCUGGAGCACACACUGUGCAGGAGCCCGUACUGGAGCAGCCUUGGGGAGCCUGACCAUCGAGAGAUGAGCUUCCUAGAGCAAGGCGAUAGUGCCUCAUGGCCAUCACCAACGACGACCACCAGGUCAGAAACAACUUGUGGGAAACAGGGAGCCAAGGCCGUGAGAUGGAGAAAGCAGGAGGCUGUGGAGGAAGGGGAGCCACCGAACCUGGGGGAAGGUCCCUGGUCCAGGCCAGCUGCUGAGUCCACCAGUCUAGAGGCCACAUUCCCCGAGGCCACACCCUUGGCCCAAGCUGCUCCCCCGGCCUGGACAGGCACCCCACCAACAGGGUGGGACUUCCUGCCCCCUGACUGUGCCAUCUCAGCUGCGGGCUCCAGCACAGACCGUCCUGAGCUGGACGCAGACUGUGGGUCUGAGCUCAAAGGCCUAGUGGAAAAGAGGCCUUCCCCAUGCCCGUCCCCAAUGGCCUCGCUGCCCAAGACGGGCUGGGACGAUGAACUUCGGAAGCCUGGGGCCCAGGUCUACAUGCACUUCAUGCAGGAGCACACCUGCUAUGAUGCCAUGGCAACCAGCUCCAAGCUGGUCAUCUUUGACACCACGCUGCAGAUCAAGAAGGCCUUCUUUGCUUUGGUGGCCAAUGGUGUGCGGGCAGCACCUCUGUGGGACAGCAAGAAGCAGAGCUUUGUGGGAAUGCUGACCAUCACAGAUUUCAUCUUGGUGCUGCACCGCUACUACAGGUUGCCCCUGGUCCAAAUCUAUGAGAUUGAAGAACAUAAGAUCGAGACCUGGAGGGAGAUCUACCUGCAAGGCUGCUUCAGGCCUCUGGUCUCCAUCUCUCCCAAUAAUAGCCUGUUUGAAGCCGUGUAUGUCCUCACCAAGAACCGAAUUCAUCGCCUGCCAGUCCUGGACCCAGUUUCAGGCACCGUGCUCCACAUCCUCACCCACAAGCGGCUGCUUAAGUUCCUGCACAUCUUUGGUACCCUGCUGCCCCGGCCCCCCUUCCUCUCCCGCACUAUCCAAGAUAUGGGCAUCGGCACAUUCCGAGACUUGGCCGUGGUGCUGGAAACGGCCCCCCUCCUGACUGCACUGGACAUUUUUGUGGACCGGCGUGUGUCGGCACUGCCUGUGAUCAAUGAAUCUGGUCAGGUCGUGGGCCUCUACUCCCGCUUUGAUGUGAUUCACCUGGCUGCCCAGCAAACCUACAACCGCCUAGACAUGAGUGUGGGAGAAGCCCUGAGGCAGAGGACACUAUGUCUGGAGGGAGUCCUUUCCUGCCAGCCCCAUGAGAGCUUGGGGGAAGUCAUCGACAGGAUUGUCCAGGAGCAGGUACCCAUGUCCACUGCCCCUCCAUACAGGCCUCCAAUGCACAUGGCCCUGUCCCGCUUGUGGGUGACUCUGGCCAUCCCUAUGCAUUGGACACCUGCCCUGUCCUCCCAUUUCAUGGCCAAGCUCUUGGUGUCCAUACUGGUCUACAGCUGUUCCUGUCCAUGA